AUGGCCUUCAACAUCCCGCCCACUAACAUGCCAGGCAAGCCUGAGCCUUUCACCCUGCACGUCCCAGAAAAAGAAUUAUCUGCAUUCUACGAACUCCUAAAACUGUCCAAGAUUGGGCCUGCAACAUGGUGGAAUCAGCACACUGAUGGACGUUUCGGAGUGUCCCGCGAGUGGCUGAGCCAGGCAAAAGAAACCUGGCUCACAGCAUUUGACUGGCGCCAGCAUGAGGAUCGCAUCAACAAGUUCCCCAACUUCAAGAUGACUGUUGAUGACGCCGAGACUGGCAAAAUCGACGUACAUUUUUUGGCUUUGUUUUCUUCCAACAAGGACGCUGUGCCAAUCGUCUUCCUACACGGGUUCCCAAGUUCGUUCUUGGAGCUUGUGCCCAUGAUGGAGCUGCUUUCCGAAAAGUACACGCCCGAGACUCUACCAUACCACGUCAUUGUGCCAUCUCUGCCUGAUUAUGGACUUUCCGGUAGUCCCAGUGAGAAUGUUGAGAUGACACUGGACCGGGCUGCAGGAAUUAUGCACCAGCUAAUGAUGGGCCUUGGGUUCAGCGACGGAUACGUUGCUCAGGGGGGUGAUCUCGGCAGCAUGUUGGCGAGGAUCAUGUCAGUCAAGUAUAAUGAGUGUAAAGCUUUUCAUCUCAACAUGCUGACGCUAAAUACGGGGGAAAAACCACCAUCCGAAGAUCUAUCUGUCCAAGAGGCACAUGAAAUGAAGCGCACCGAAACUUGGGCUCAAACCGGCUUGGCCUUUGUGCUUGAGCACGGCACUCGUCCUGCCACCGCUGGACUGGCUAUUUCCUCCAAUCCACUCGCUUUGCUCGCUUGGAUUGGAGAGAAGCUCCUUGAGUGGCCUGACCAGCGAGAGCCGCUGUCCCUCAACACCAUCCUAGCCAUGGUCAGCCUCUACUGGUUCACGGAUACAUUCCCUCGCGGCCUAUAUCACGCACAGGUCAUUCAGACAAUGCUCAAAGGGGAAACACUCCCGAUAUCGAAAGAAAAGCCGCUUGGAUACUCGAUGUUUCCGCGUGAUGUUGCUCUGCUUCCCAAGGCCUGGGCUCAUCAACUUUACCCGAAUUUGGUAUUCUUCAAAGCACAUGAAGUGGGCGGACAUUUCGCGAGACUGGAGCAGCCAAAGUUAUUCCUGCAAGAUAUCGAAGAGUUUGCCCAACAAGUCCGUGAAUCAUUCACGCACGUAUAA